AUGCCAUUAUUUGCGUUGGUGGAACAAAACGACCUGAUAUCAUAUCGUAAAGAGAAGGCACUGGGCGAAAGCCACAACAUAAUAUCUAUUUACCAGCAAGAAGGAUACACCAUCCAAGAAGCAUUCAAUGAAGUAGAGCGAUCAUUGUCUAUGUGUUAUCGCGACUGGCAUCUUGCAUUGGCACAGCUACCCAGCUGGGGAGAAGAGAUCGAUGCGCAGGUUCAGCUAUAUAUCGAUGGUGUGCAAAAUUCCGCCCUUGCCAAUAUCCACUGGAGGUUAGUCGUCGCUCUUGCGCCAAUCGAAUUAUCUGUUUAUUGA